UUCUUCCUUUCCUUUUUUUUUUAAACCCAAAGCAAAACUACCUUUGCAGUUGAAUGUGACGCUAGCGUCCAGGAAGUGGAGCUCUGGCAUAAAGUGUCCUCUAAGUGCCGCGUGGCCCUGCCCAGCUUGGCUCCGGUGGCUUCAGUGAUAGCUCGCUAGCUGGGAGCAGAGGGGCAGUGUGACAGCUACGAUCAGCUGGACACGCUGAGGGGAGCGCCAGGAUCCACUGUAAAGCCUGGAGCCACGCGCCCUACUGCUUAUGCCGGUGGGGAUCCGCCAAGAGGAAGCCAGGGGCAGGACCCUUGCCAGGGGCCCAGCGGGCACAGCAUGGAGCACUCAGCCAAGAUGGAGUUUUUCCAGAAGCUAGGCUACGACCGGGAGGACGUAGUCAAGGUGCUGGGCAAGCUGGGCGAGGGCGCCCUGGUCAACGACGUGCUGCAGGAGCUGAUCCAGACGGGCAGCCGCCCGGGGGCCCAGCAGGGCCAUGCCGCGCCCCUGCUGGUUCCCAGGGGCUCCUGCGGGACCCCGGACUCCGCCCAGCGCGGGCUGAGGGCCGACCCACAAGACGAGUGCGGAGAUCCAGCCAGUUCCUUGCGACCCAUUGUGAUUGACGGCAGCAACGUGGCAAUGAGCCAUGGAAAUAAAGAAGUCUUCUCUUGCCGGGGAAUCCAGCUGGCUGUGGACUGGUUCAGGGACAGAGGACACACCUAUAUCAAGGUUUUUGUCCCAUCCUGGAGGAAAGACCCACCAAGAGCCGAUACCCCUAUUAGAGAGCAGCACGUGCUAGAGGAGCUGGAGAGGCAGGCUGUGCUCGUGUACACCCCGUCCCGCAAGGUGAACGGCAAGCGUGUGGUCUGCUACGACGACCGGUACAUCGUGAAGGUGGCCUAUGAGCGGGAUGGCAUCAUCGUCUCCAACGACAACUACCGUGACCUGCAGAGCGAGAACCCUGAGUGGAAGUGGUUCAUCGAGCAGAGGCUGCUCAUGUUUUCCUUCGUCAAUGAUCGGUUCAUGCCUCCUGACGACCCCCUAGGCCGCCGAGGACCCACCUUGAGCAACUUCCUGAGCAAGAAGCAGAAACCCCCAGAGCCGUCCUGGCAGCACUGCCCCUAUGGCAAGAAAUGCACCUACGGCAUCAAGUGCAAGUUCUACCACCCGGAGAGGCCGAACCACGCGCAGCUGCCCGUGGCUGACGAGCUUCGAGCGCAAACACGGACCUGGCGGGGCGCGGGCGCCGACGAGGAGAGGCCGAGGGCGCGGGCGGAGAAGGACGGCCCCUGGGGAGCCCCCGCCACCUCCUGGCCGGGUCCCCGGGAGCCUGGUUCGCGCAGCCUGCCCCCAUUGCGGCAGACGGCCGAUGUGGCGGGCGUCGAGGGCGGCCUCUCGCGGCUCACCUUCAGCGACGACCCGGGGCUCCUCGGCGCUCCCCCUCCUGGCCCCGGCGGCGGCCUCGCGCCCCGUCCGCGCUGUCCCGACUGGGUGGCGCCCAGGGCUUCGCUGUCCCUGCCAGCCCUGCCUGGCCUCUCGAGCUCCCACAGCCCAUCGGGCCCGCUAGUCCGGCCGCUGGCUGGGGACCUCCCCAGGGAUCCUCAGAGUGACCUGCUCCCCGAGCGAAGGCCGCCAGCCGACCCGUGGGCCCUCCCGCAUGGGGCUGCCCGGAUCCCGGGACACUCGGCCUGGGCGGAAGUGGGAUGGGGCGACGGCGCCUUCUGGGGGCCUUUGGGGUCCACGCCCCGGGCCGCAGACGGCGAGAGGGAUGCACGCGCUCGGGCACGCUCCGAGCUCUGCAGCAUCUUCCCGGCCCACCAGGUGGACAGCGUCAUGGCCUUGUUCCCUGCGCUCUCCGACGUCACUAGGCUCAUCCUCCUCAUCCAGAGAUUUCAAAGGUUCAGUGCGCCCCUCGGAAAUCCCUAAGGAGCAAGUACAAGCCAUCACCAGUGAUGUCCCAACCCUGCCUUACAACUUAGCCAAGGUGGGCCAGCGGUUGACAGCCUGCACCUGGGUCGGCCCACCUGUGGGACCCCCUUCUCUUUAAAGAUGUUCAGGGAAGCCAACUUCGUCACCCUCAGCUACGCUCUUAGUGGCACUUAGUGACCCUCACUGACUACCUAGGGCUGUUGCUGGAGGUCUUAGAGUGCCUUCUCCUGUUUGCCGUACGUACUACGAGUCCCACCAGGCUCCAAGGAUUUGUCUAGAGCACUCCAUGGCUGUUUUUGUCAAGCUGUAGUUGGGAUCCACAAGUGGGUCCUGCCAGAAAUGAAGUGGAAUAGAAAGCGUCAGUGCACACCCCAUAUCAGGCUAAGUAUAUGUGGAACUCGUGUUUGUUCGCUGUGUGUGCGCCUGUGGUAACCCUGUAAAUUAAUGUGGAUCAUGGGCGAAAAUUUGAGAACUCCUGGAAAAUGGCCUUGAGUUUCAUUGCAUCAAAACAUAUUUGAAAUGUAAUAGUAGUCAGUUAGCCAGCGGAGGUUUUGACAUCUGGAGGUUUCCUAUGAGCUGUUUUUAUUCUAGCCUCAUGAGGGCAAUGCAGAGUUCUGGCCUUGACAUGUGGGCUCCACCCGUCACUUUGACAUUGUGUGUCUGUGCUGGUCUGUGGAGGUGUGGCAGGGACAUGUCCUGACGGCCUGCCUGCGGGGCCUUCACCUCCUUCAUAUACACACACACAGAAACAUACACACACAGACAUACACAUCACAUACACACUGCUAGAGCCACACCUCACAGCAGAAGCCCAGUGAGUCAGGACGUUUGCUCAGAAACCCUCAGGUUGGUCAGAGGUAAGCUGGGAUGACCCUUAAUCAUGGAGGUUUAUUGCCACCUUCCACCAUUGCUGUUUUUUUCCAGCCAGCUACUGCUUUGGGUUUUGGGGAGAAAGGGGUUCCCCUAUUUGUCAUGGACCAGAAAUUACAUGAUGCUGCCAGAGCAUGGAUCUCAGGCAUCUCUGGGCGGCAUCCACCCAUGCGCUCUGGGUUAUGAGUCCAGCUCCACAGGUCUUGGCUGGUUUGUUCAUGAGGGGACUUGGUGGCUUGGCCAUGGCAGAGAGUGUGGGCUGUCUCCCAAUGGAAAAUCAGUGGCCAACCCCUGCAUGCUUCCAGCAGACUGGCAGGAGCAGAGAGAAACUUCUCAGUGGGUUACUCGGCCGCACUGCUGGCACAGCUCAGGGUGCAUCCUGGGAAACGUGGCUCCUGGCCCUCUAAUUCAUUCUAGAUGCUGCCGGUGGAGAUACAGUAAAGCGUAUCUGCCUGUGAGCCUUUUCAUCUUUUUAAACCUGAUUCUUAGCAUGCUUUCAGCCCGAUCUGUUCCUCACCUUUUUGAAAGGUUGAAAGAGGACCCUGUACUCACAAUUGUACCUUAUUAUUUUGGGAUCUUAGCCCUGAAGAGGGCCCACUCUUUCUAGAUAAAUUGGAUUUCCCUCUUGGUGUUUCUUUUUAACUUUUUUAUUUUCUUUUGACAAGACAAGCUUUAUGUUAGAGCUGCUUUUGUCUUUUGAUAUGGAAUCAUUGCCUUGCUGAUUUACAACUGAAAAUGUUUAAACUGCUUCCUUGGAGGACAAGUUUGAGUUUUAGUAAGCUGUAAAGCUAUUUUAUUCGGUUCGCUGUGAUUAAGACAAGAACAAAAGCACAUUUCGAUGUAAUCCCCUUUGGAAUUUUUUCCAAAGUCUUGGUAUGUCUUUGUGACACGAAACAUGGAUGGGACAGAUGAAUGAAAUGUCCCUAGCUGCAUAACUGGUACUGUGCUCCAAAAAUAAAUCAC